ACGGCUAAAUACACUGAUAUCGGAAGUCGAGUCUCCCUCUUCCUCUUCGAUAAACCCAAUAUUUUGCAAUAAAAGAAAUUAGUGUUUAAAAGUAAACCUAGCUAACACUAAUCAAAAAAAAAAAAAAUCAAGGCGUUCGUUUGUAACGGUGCAAACGUAAAGUGUUACGCGGACGUUAUAAUUCGGUCGCACCCAUUGAUUGUUGUCGUCGCUGUCGCUGUUGUUGUGCUGGUGUUGUUGUGUUUUCAAGUUCCGUUCUGUGUAUCUGUGUUCAGUUCACCAAUCCAAUCGCAAACGGCCAACUGAUGAGUCUCAAUUGUUUUCAUUAACGCAACGAGAGUCGCAAGGCCCCUCCCUCCCCCUACCUACUGGCCUACCCCCAAAUCCUUCCUCAUCACCUUCGCGCCCCCGUUGUGCCUCGCACCGCCCCGCCCAGUUUCCAGUUUAGACCGCUGCAAACGCCCUAUUUUUUACCCUCCUCACACCAACUACAAUGGCCAGCAACAGUUUUGGAGGCGUGGCAGGCGUUAAUGGGGAUCUAUGGCGCGAAUGCGUUGCCUGGCUAACCAGGUGCAAGGUCAUCCCACCCGAUCACAAGGCCGCCCAGGCCGAUGCUGAAAUCAGAAUCCUAGCUAUGACGCUGCGCGACGGUGUGCUACUGUGCAACCUGGUCAUCCACCUGGAUCCAAGCAGCAUGGAUCCGCGGGAGUUCAAUCGCAAGCCACAAAUGGCACAGUUCCUGUGCAGCAAGAACAUAAAGCUGUUCUUGGACGUUUGCCACAAUAAUUUUGGUAUUCGGGACGCUGAUCUCUUCGAGCCCACGAUGCUAUACGAUCUGACGAACUUCCACCGUGUCCUCAUCACACUCUCCAAGCUAUCACAGUGCCGAAAGGUGCAGCAAUUGCAUCCGGAUCUUAUUGGCUUCAACCUGCAGCUAUCGCCCAGCGAACGUUCCCAUUCGGACGAGGAUAUCUACAAGGAUCUGCAUUCCACCGAUCUAAACAUGCGAAAGGCCAGCAGCAUCGAUGCUUCCGCCUCUUCGUCAGCGGAAUACUACGAUAGAACCUCGCAAAGCGGGUCGCUGGACGAGAACAGCGACAUCACCAUCGAAAAUGGAACCGAGGACAUAGAUGACUACAUCGAGGAUUCGCUGUCCAAUAUGUGCGAUUCGACAAUCGAUAACGAUUUGGAUGAUGCGGGUGUGGAAACUCCCCUGCUAACCGAUUGUCAGGGCAGCAAUUUGCGUGCCCUCUCCUUUGAUCUCACCCUGGAUGUGGUUAGCUCAACAAUGGACAAUGCCUCCAAUGCUGUUACACCCACACCAGAAUCAUAUGCCCGGCAAUCGGAAUCACCAUUGAUUGCCAUAGCACCAAGUAUCCCGUCUGUUGCUGCAGAACCACCAAUGGGUCGUCUGGUGUCCACCUCUUCCUCUUCGUCAUCACUUUUGGUUAGCGAAAGCCAGCGAUUGCAGAAGGCAGCCGCUGCUGUCUACAAUUAUCGAUCCUCUAUGGCGUCCACGGAGCAUGAAUAUGCCUACAUCUACAGCGAGGACGAUGAGAAGGUCUACGAGGACCUGUGCUAUGUCACCUUCCAGGCGAAAGCCAAACCCGAGGUUACCACCGACAAUAUUGCAUGCAAUGGAACCGGUUACGACCACACCAACACAAAAGAAGAGGAGGUGUACCAAGAUCUGUGCGCCCUCCAUAGGACGAGUAGAAGCCAGACCGCCUCGUCGACGAGCUUUGAGCAGCGUGACUAUGUCAUCCGGGAGCUAAUCGACACGGAGUCCAACUAUCUGGACGUGCUAACUGCUUUAAAGACCAAGUUUAUGGGUCCCCUAGAGCGCCAUCUCAACCAGGACGAGCUCCGUCUUAUAUUCCCGCGCAUCAGAGAGUUGGCCGAUAUCCAUACAAGGUUCCUGGACAAACUGCGGGAAUCACUACAGCCCAAUGCCAAAAUGAAGAUGGCACAGGUGUUCCUCGAUUUCCGUGAACCCUUCCUCAUCUACGGCGAAUACUGCUCAUCUCUCCUGGGCGCCAUUGACUAUCUGGCAGAUGUGUGCAAGAAGAAUCAGAUUAUUGAUCAGCUAGUGCAGAAAUGCGAACGGGAUUACAAUGUGGGUAAACUGCAGCUACGGGACAUCCUCUCAGUGCCAAUGCAGCGCAUCCUUAAGUAUCAUCUGCUGUUGGACAAGCUAGUAAAGGAGACAUCUCCGCUGCACGACGAUUACCGAUCCUUGGAGCGGGCCAAGGAGGCAAUGAUCGAUGUGUCGCAAUAUAUCAACGAGGUGAAACGGGAUUCCGAUCAUUUGGUUAUCAUACAAAAGGUGAAAGACAGCAUAUUUGACCUCCAUUUGCUGCAGAAUGGAAAUGGCAGCGAUCUUCUACAAUAUGGUCGCCUGCUCCUCGACGGCGAAUUGCAUAUCAAAGCGCACGAGGAUCAAAAGACCAAGCUCCGCUAUGCCUUUGUCUUUGAUAAGAUCCUAAUUAUGGUGAAGGCAAUGCACAUCAAGACGGGCGAUAUGCAGUACACCUAUCGUGAUUCCCACAAUCUGGCUGAUUAUCGCGUGGAGCAAAGUCAUACGCGACGAACUCUUGGAAGAGAUACGCGCUUCAAGUACCAGCUUUUACUGGCUCGCAAGUCAGGCAAGACCGCCUUUACUUUGUACCUCAAAUCAGAGCACGAGCGGGAUAAGUGGCGCAAAGCCCUCACCGAGGCAAUGGAAAGUCUCGAACCGCCUGGCUGCCGAAGUACCGACCAUAAAAUGGAAAUCUACACAUUUGAUGCCCCGACCACGUGCCGUCAUUGCUCCAAGUUCCUCAAGGGUCGCAUCCACCAGGGCUAUCGUUGCAAGGUGUGUCAGAUUAGUGUGCACAAGGGCUGUAUAUCGUCGACGGGACGUUGUAAACAGAAUCCGGUUAGUGUACCCCCACCCGUUUGUGAUCGACAGUUGUCCGAAUUCAAUUGGUUUGCCGGCAAUAUGGAUCGAGAGACGGCGGCCCAUCGGCUGGAGAACCGCCGCAAUGGCACAUAUCUGCUGCGAGUUCGUCCGCAGGGCCCAUCGACAGCUCACGAGACGAUGUAUGCCCUUAGCCUAAAAACCGAUGAUCAUAUCAUCAAGCAUAUGAAAAUCAACCAGGAAAACUCUGGUGAUUCCAUUCUCUAUUGCCUGUCCUCGCGGAGGCAUUUCAAGACCAUCGUCGAACUAGUUUCCUAUUAUGAACGCAACGAUCUGGGCGAGAACUUUGCUGGACUCAAUCAGUCACUGCAAUGGCCCUAUAAGGAAGUGAUUGCCACCGCUCUGUAUGAUUACGAGCCAAAGGCUGGCAGUAAUCAGCUGCAAUUGCGCACGGAUUGCCAGGUGCUGGUCAUCGGAAAGGAUGGCGACAGCAAGGGCUGGUGGCGUGGAAAGAUCGGUGACACCGUUGGCUACUUCCCCAAGGAGUACGUCCAGGAGCAGAAACUGGCCAGCGAAGAGCUUUGAUAUUACAAUUACGAGGUAUACUUUGCACCCAAGGCCAUUACGCCCACGCCGGCAGCCAUUGCUGAAUCACCAGGAGCUGGAACUGGAACUGGAGGAGCUGUAGCCGCAACUGGAGCCAUUCAAGGUGACCCCAUCGAAGGGGCCGUGGCCAGCAUCAACAGCCACAGCAACAACAACUGCAGCUAGAUCGUACCCUAGUUAAAUAUAUAUAUAUUAUACAUAUAUAUAUAUGUUAAGAUUCAAAUUGUUUUUAUUUGUGAUUAAGCACUUUUUGUAAUUUUAUGGAUUUUGUGUCCAACUUUUUAUCAUUUUUUUUUCGUCGUCUGAUCGAAACUUUUGUGCCAAUCACUGAAAAAUUACAAAAUCUAUAUCGUAUGUUUGUAAUCCACCAAUGUUCGUUUGAAAAUGUUUACUUUAAAUUGUUUUAAAUUAUAUAUUGCAAAUAUAUAUAUCUGUACAUGUA